GCGGCGGCGGCAGCGGUGUUGGACCAGGCGGUGGGGGUCACUCGGUGCGAAUGUCUGGAGGUGUGACGAACUGUCAACUGCAAACAGAAGCCAAGAUGGGUGAGAAGAAACCCGAGCCCCUGGACUUCGUGAAAGACUUUCAGGAGUACCUGACGCAGCAGACGCACCAUGUGAACAUGAUCUCUGGGUCCGUUAGUGGGGACAAAGAAGCGGAGGCUCUUCAGGGAGCUGGAACAGAUGGUGAUCAAAAUGGACUUGAUCACCCAUCAGAAGUUUCUCUGGACGAAAACUCAGGAAUGUUAGUAGAUGGGUUUGAAAGGACCUUUGAUGGGAAGCUCAAGUGUCGGUACUGCAGCUAUGCCAGCAAAGGGACCGCCCGGCUUAUCGAGCACAUUAGAAUCCACACAGGUGAGAAACCUCAUAGGUGUCACUUAUGUCCCUUCGCCUCUGCUUACGAGCGCCAUCUCGAAGCCCACAUGCGGUCCCACACUGGCGAAAAGCCGUACAAAUGUGAAUUAUGUUCCUUCCGCUGCAGCGACCGGAGCAACCUCUCCCACCAUCGGAGGCGCAAGCAUAAAAUGGUACCAAUGAAAAGUACCAGGUCUUCCCUGAGCAGCAAGAAGAUGUGGGGGGUUUUACAGAAGAAGACCGGCAACCUGGGCUACAGCAGAAGAGCCCUGAUCAACCUGAGCCCGCCCUCCAUGGUGGUCCAGAAACCCGACUAUCUUAACGACUUCACCCACGAAAUCCCACACCUUCAGACGGACGCCUAUGAGAGCAUGGUGAAAACCACACCCACGGGGGGCCUCCCAAGGGACCCCCAAGAACUCAUGGUGGACAACCCUUUAAAUCAGCUCUCGACUCUAGCAGGACAGUUGUCCAGCCUGCCUCCUGAAAACCCAAACCCCGCAUCCCCCGAUGCAGUGCCCUGCCCCGACGAAAAGCCUUUCAUGAUUCAGCAGCCCUCUGCCCAGGCCGUUGUUUCUGCCGCGUCGGCAAGCAUUCCUCAGAGCGCCUCGCCCACCAGCCCCGACCCUCGGCCGGCACACGGUCAGAGGAACUACAGCCCAGUGGCAGGGCCCAGCAGUGAACCAAGUGCCCACACGAGUACUCCUAGCCUAGGAAACAGCCAGCCCAGCACACCAGUCCCGACCCUGCCGGCCCAGGACCCCCAGCUUCUGCACCACUGCCAGCACUGUGACAUGUAUUUUGCUGACAAUAUACUGUACACUAUUCACAUGGGAUGUCACGGAUACGAAAACCCUUUUCAGUGUAACAUAUGUGGUUGCAAAUGUAAAAACAAGUAUGACUUUGCCUGUCAUUUUGCAAGAGGUCAGCAUAACCAACACUGAUUAAGACCAAUCACCCCACACCUGGGGU